AUGGAGUUAAAUUGGACGUGGAUAAUCGCUACCGUUUUGUUAGCAGGCUACGUGUAUGCGUCUAUAUUUUAUAAGGGACUAAAUGGCUGCUAUUAUGCUCUCAAAUUAGGGAAGAAGAAGCAUUAUUCCCUUCCUCCCGGUGAUAUGGGAUGGCCUCUUAUCGGCAAUAUCGUCUUCUUCAUGAGACUUUUUUACUCUCAAGACCCCAAUUCCUUCUUGGACAAUCUUGUUUCUAAAUAUGGACGCACUGGAAUCUACAAGACCCACAUAUUUGGAAAUCCGAUCAUCGUCGUGUGUGCUCCUGACACUUGCCGUAGGGUGCUGAUGGAUGACAAAAAUUUCAAAAUGGGAUACCCGAAAUCCCUGAGAGAGGUGUUACGAUUAGGAUCUUUGUAUGACAUGUCCAGUGAAGAACACAAGCGAUUUCGGCGCCUAGUCACUGCUCCCCUCACGGGUCACAGUGCAUUAGCUAUGUACUUAGAGCGUAUAGAAGACGUUGUUAUAAAUUCCCUUGAACGAAUGGCCAGCAUGAGUGAACCAGUUGAGAUAUCUGGAGAGAUGAGUCACAUUUCCUUCAAUAUCAUUGCUCACGUCGUCAUUGGCUCCGAGAAUCAGUUCACCAUUAACAAAGUUGCAGAGAGUUUUUCUGCAAUGGUUGAGGCCUUAAUCUCUCUCCCAAUCAAUGUGCCGGGUUUUGCUUUUCACAGAGCACGCAAGGCAAGUGAAGACUUGGCAAGCAUAAUUCGACCUAUUGUGGACGAAAGGAGAAGGAUGAUAAUGGAAAGUGGUCGACGAGAAGGGAAGAUAGAUCUUAUGGAUAUUCUUCUGCAAGACGAAGACGAGACUGGUUGGAAAUUAGAGAAUGAAGACAUCGUCGACUUCUUGAUAACAUUUCUAUUUGCUGGUAGUGAGGGCACAGCCACCUCUAUGAUGUGGUCACUAAUCUAUAUUUCGGAGAAUCCCCAUGUCCUAAUAAAAGCCAGGGAAGAGCAGGAACAAAUUAUGAAGGCGAGACCACCGUCACAGAAACAAUUAAGUAUUAAAGAUAUUAAGCAAAUGGUUUAUCUUGCUAAUGUAAUCGAUGAAACGAUUCGACGGGCAAAUCUCGGCAUUUCAAUUUUUCGAGAGGCAACUUCUGAUGUGGAGAUGAAUGGCUACAUAAUACCAAAAGGGUGGAAAGCGUUAGUUUGGACAAAAGCUAAUCACUGGGAUCCUGAAUAUUACACAAAUCCAUUAGAAUUUAAUCCUUCAAGAUGGGAAGAUAACAGUACCAAACCGGGAACCUUCCUUCCCUUUGGAGGUGGACUUAUGCACUGUCCUGGAAGCGACUUAGCCAAGCUAGAGAUUUCUAUACUUCUGCAUUUUUUCCUCCUCAAUUACAAGUUGGAGCGGGUGAAUCCAGGAUGUCCUAUUAGAUAUGGUAUAGGUGUUAAGCCUAUAGAUAACUGUUUGGCUAAAGUAAUGAAGAUUUCUUGA